UUGCGUGCGACACAAUCAUCAUCUUUCUGGUCUUCGUAUGACUUCUCAUCAUGGGACAGCUUAUAAAUAACAAUUUGGUGAGCCUGAGUACAACACAGAGGGUUGGGGUUUGUGAGUUCAAGACAGAUAAAAGAUGAAGAUGGCUCUAGUAUGUUUCCUCCUCUUGGUUUUCUCUGCAUUACCUACACACAUUUCUUCUCAUUCUGAUGAAGAAGCUCUUCUGUCCUUUAAGCAUUCUUUGAUUUCCCAGUCGAAUAAUUUAUUGUCCGAUUGGUCUCCUCAUCAUUCCUUUUGCAAUUGGACUGGUGUUGUCUGCUCUUCUCGUCAUCAACGUGUGGCUUCUUUGAAUCUCACUGGUAUGUCUUUGUUAGGAACCAUCUCUCCUUUUCUUGGCAAUCUCUCUUUUCUUAGAAUACUUGAUUUUGCAAAUAACAGUUUACAAGGCCAAAUUCCUCCUCAGCUAGGGAGGCUUUUUCGUCUUAGAAUACUUGUGUUGGCUCAAAAUAAAUUGGAAGGCUCCAUUCCAUCCACUUUAGGAGAUUGUGGUUCUUUGCAAGUUCUAAGUUUGUCUUAUAACAAUUUGAGUGGUAGUAUUCCCUCUCAGCUUGGCUAUCUUUCACAUUUGGAAGCACUUUUGUUAGGAGCAAACCAGUUGACAGGCACAGUCCCCACUUCUUUAGGAAAUCUGUCUUCUUUAAUAUCCUUUCAAUUGAUGAGAAACAAACUCCAAGGUAAGAUUCCUAUUGAAGGGGGUAUGCUUACUAAACUUGAAGUGCUUUCUAUUGGUACCAACAACUUGAUAGGAGUGAUUCCUGCUGCCCUUUCAAAUUGCACUCUUCUCCAUAAUUUGUCAUUAUAUUAUAAUCAAUUAACUGGCCACAUACCUUGGGAAAUUGGCAAAUUGCGAGAGUUGCAAGAGCUCCUAUUGGAGGGAAACCAACUCAUUGGAGAAAUCCCAAGUUCCCUCUCCAAUUGUACUCAACUUCAAGUGCUUGAUUUAGUUAGCAACCAACUUAAUGGUAAGGUGCCCUUGGAAUUUGGUAAUUUAUACCAACUUCUAUGGCUUAAUUUGGGCGAUAAUCAUCUUGUGAGCCAAAGCAACAAUUUUUCUAUUCUAACAGCUUUGACUAAUUGUUCUUCUUUACAAUUUCUAAGCUUGUCCCUUAAUUAUUUCACUGGCAUUUUGCCCUCUUCUAUUAGUCAGUUGUCAAGCCAACUCACUGAUUUAGAGUUGUUCUCCAAUAAAAUUGAGGGAAAUAUACCAAGUGGUAUUAGCAACCUCACAAUGUUGACAUACUUAGACUUAUCAGACAAUCGUUUUAAUGGAACUAUUCCAUCCCCAUUCAGUCAACUUCCAAAUCUUGAAAGCUUGUUUCUAGCCAUAAACAAUUUGUAUGGAAAUAUUCCAAACAAUUGGGAUCAAGCAAAACACCUUGGGCAAUUAGUACUCAGUGAAAACAUGCUUUCAGGGAAAAUUCCAAAUAGUCUUGGUGAUCUCACACAAUUAAGAGUUUUAGCUCUUGAUCACAAUCAACUAUCAGGAAAAAUACCUGGUAGCUUAGGGAGAUGUGAAACAUUGGAGGUGUUAGACUUGUCUCACAACAAGCUAAGAGGAAAUAUACCCCCAGAAUUAGCAAAUCUUAAAAACCUCCAACUUUAUUUCAAUAUUUCUGACAAUUUAUUACAAGGUUCUCUUUUAGAAAUGAGUAAAAUGGUAAUGGUUCAAGCUAUAGAUGUGUCUCUUAACAAGUUCUCAAGUGAAAUUCCAGCCUCACUAUCAAGUUGCACAAAUUUACAAUAUUUGAAUCUUUCAUGGAAUUCAUUUUAUGGUCCAAUACCAACAUCACUCACACAACUCAAAAAUCUUCUGGACAUUGAUCUCUCCAACAACAAUUUGUCAAGUGCAAUUCCAAUGGCUUUUGGAGAAAUGGAAACACUUCAACAUAUCAAUCUCUCUUCAAACAAAUUAAUAGGAGAGGUUCCAGAGGAAGGAGUUUUUGCAACAAUUGAUGAGUCAGCAAUUAUGGGAAAUCUUGGCCUUUGUGGAACAUUGAUGACAUUGUCACCAUGCUCUCAUUCCAAGCACAAACAACCAUCAGUUAGCAAGAAGGUGAUAAUUCCUGUUGUGGUCGGCAUUGCAAUUUUCAUCAUGUCUUUCCUAUUGUUUAUGUUUUCCUAUAGAUGGAGACAAAGAAGGAUUCCCAAUCUCAAUGUGUGGCCCUUACGAAUUGCAUAUGAAGAACUUCUAGAUGCAACUGGUGGCUUUAGUGAGGCAAAUCUAAUAGGAAUUGGUAGUUUUGGAUCUAUUUAUAAAGGGAUUCUAAAAAAUGGUAUAGAUAUUGCUGUUAAAGUUCUAAAUUUACAAGAUGAAAAUGCUCUCCGAACAUUUGAUAGAGAAUGUAAUGUGUUGAAAAGAGUCAGGCAUCGAAAUGUAAUUAAAAUCAUUUCAACUUGUUCCAACCUUGACUUUAAAGCAUUGGUCCUUCCAUUCAUGUCAAAUGGAAGUUUGGGGAGAUGGCUUUACCCUGAGGGAGGAGAUGAAUGCAAAUUAAAUUUGGUUGACCGAUUAAGAAUAGCAAAGGAGAUAGCACAAGGAAUGGAAUAUCUGCAUCACCAUUGCUUUGUACAAGUCGUACAUUGUGAUCUAAAACCCAAUAAUGUAUUGUUGGGGGAUGAUUUGACUCCAUGUGUAGCAGAUUUCGGCAUUACCAAACUUCUAUUUGGGAAUUCAAUGAAUUCGUUUUCUUCUACAAAUGCAUUGAAUGGAUCUAUUGGCUACAUUGCACCAGAGUAUGGAAUGGGUGGAAUGGUUUCCACAAAAGGAGAUGUAUACAGCUAUGGAAUUCUUCUUUUAGAGUUGUUGACAAGGAGGAGACCUAAAAAUGACAUGUUUGUAGAGGGAAUUAAUCUACCAAAAUGGGUAGGUAUCAAUUUUCCAAAUAAAAUCACUGAAGUGGUGGAUGGCAACCUACUUAGAGAUGUUAAUGAAUCAGAUUUAUCAAUGGUGUUGUCAUGUCUUACUCAAUUUAUGCAAGUUGGUCUGGCUUGCACAAGGGAGCUGCCACAAGAACGACCAAAUAUGAUGGAGAUAACUAAAAGAUUAGAAAAAAUAGCAAUGACAUUUCUUGGUAGUCGGUCUCUUCAAUUGCCCAUGGAUAUUUUGUCCUUUCUUGAGAGUACAAAUGAUCGAGAAAAUAUUGAAUUAGGAAAGGAUGAUGAUUGGUCUACAUCUACAUCGUAGCUCUUCACUCAACUUGAGAGAUUAUGUAUUUAUGACAUUUUAAUGUUUGGUCAAACUCUCAAAGUAUAAUCUUCAGCCAUUUAGAAGACAAUAUAGCUAUUGAUUGACUCUAU